GCUUUGCAUCGCUGGUCCACGCACGCCUUUAAAGGCGCCUCGGCCGCCGCAGCCGCAGACCUGCUAGGCAACUCUGCGUGGGCCCACCGUCACGAUGGCCCUUCCUCUGCGGGCGCCGCUCCUGAUCGCGCUCGGCGUGCUCCUCGUGGGCCCGGCGACCCCUGCACGCAUCCUCCGGAGCCAGCUGGGCAGCUUUAGCUGGGACAACUGUGAUGAGAGCGACCCUGCUGUGCUCAAAAGCCUGACCCUGGAGCCCGACCCCAUACCUGUUCCUGGGAACGUGACUGUCAGUGUUGAAGCCCAGACCAAGGUUCUGCUGGAGGUUCCUCAGAAGGGGGAUGUGUGGAAGACAUCCGGAUGCCAGGGGGAUGUGUGGAAGACGCCAAACCAGCCGGACCUGCUGUUUUCAGUAGCGUCACACACUUCAAAUGCUUGCACACUGUUUGAAUUUCGGGUUUUUCUUUUCCGACUCCCCGUGCUUCUUGUUCACGCUUCUUCCAGUGUUUCCUCGUCUCAAUUCUCCACGGUCUCCUUUGCGAUUUCCUCGUCUCUUGCAUCGCGGUAAACACUCUGCUUUUCACAUUUCCUCUGUGCGGGUCAUGAGAGCCCUUCAGGGCACUGGCCUGGCUGGAGGAGCACACACCACUGAUCUGGGACCUGCGCCUGUACUGGCUUUUUGAGCAGCAACGACGGUGUGAACAGUUCAUUUAGCUCCUGCAGCGCUUCCUUCCUUGUCCUCGUCCGUUUCUUCUCCGCUUCACCUGGUGCCUCGCGAUGUGGAUUCUGCUGACUGAGUUCAACUUGAUGAGUAACAGCCUUGGUACAGCUUCUGUUACUGCAACCCUUCUUAAUCUUUAGACCAAAAGUUUCAUCUUCGGUGGCUCUUUGUUCUUCUGCCCUGCCUUUUUGCUGCCCCCAGCCUGAGCCUGUUUCUUGGGAGGCAUGGCGGAG